UUCCCUGCCACACUUCCUUGGGGACUCUGAGCACUCAGCCUGCGCUGACAUCCACACUGCAGCACUUUGGCAGGCGGAGGGAAAGGGAUCAAGAGGGAUCAGACAGGCUGGAGAUGGAGCUGCUGGCCGUGCUGGGCUGUGCCCUGCUGUUCCCCGUGGUCCUGGGUGAGGAUUGUCCAUCCCUGUGCAGCUGCUGGUCCCUGGGGGAGGCGUGGGGGAUGCACGUGGACUGCAGCUCGCGGGGGCUGCGCUCCCUGCCCGCCCUGCCACGCCUGACCCGCAGCCUGCACCUGCACAACAACAGCCUGGCCUCCAUCCCUGCUGGAGCCCUGGACAGCCUGGGCCACCUGCAGGAGCUGCAGGUCUGGGACAACCCCUGGCACUGUGACUGUCACAUCCUCUACCUCAAGCUCUGGCUGCAGGAUUUCUCCGCGCCCGCCCUCGCCCGGCUCAGGUGCGCCAGCCCUGCUCAUCUGAGGAUGAAAUCCCUGGGGCAGCUCACUGGGAAUGAUCUGGGCGUUUGUAUGAGGCUUCUCCCAACCAAGUGUCUCCAGUUCUUCUGGUGGGACCUCAUUUUAAUUGCUGGAGUGAUAAUUACCCUUAUUUUAGUGGCGCGGGCUCUGAAGAUCUCCAAAAAGCUGAUCUGCCAGCUCACCCUCGGACACAGGCGCUGGAGGAGGAACAUCCCCAAAACACACAAGAUACAGCUCUGUGAGUUUAAAACCCAUCACCAUCUCUCGGUGUCCCAGUGGGCUUGGUAGGACCAUUCCUGUGUGCAGAACAACUCAGCCACUUCUUCCUCAGGUUCAGGAGCUUUCUGCCACCAAAACCACCAAGAUUAUAUACACUGGAUACUGAAUGUAUCCCUUACUGAAUACACUUAAAGAUGAACUGGUAAUGAGAAUAUAAUCAGCAAAAUGAUUUUAAAUCUUAUUGAAUUUCCUGGAGGGCGAACAACAAUAAAGCAUUCUAUGUGAAACUGAAAUAAUGGGUGCUUAUUGAACAUACAUAUUGACCCAAAUGUGAUCUCCUUCUACGAUUCUAAACAUUUCUGAUUAAAUUUCUAAGACAUUUCCAGAACUUGUCCUCUGGAGAUAAUUUUAGAAUAUUUCCCCUGCACUGAGCUUUUCAAUUUUUUAAAAGACAACCAACAUUCUGUAGGAAUGCAGAAUAUUACAGAAGAAAUGCACUCUGCCAUCUCUCAUGGAAUUUCCUACAUG